ACCAUCUGCCGUUCGGAGAGAUCUCCUACUCUUGUUUGGUCAAGGAGACAAGGAUGGCGGAGGUGGAGGGCGAGGAGAGAACAUGGCCGAGCUCCCAUGGUGGCGGAGGAGGAGGAGGAGGAAGAUCGUCGCGGGCCAUCUGCUGUCGGGAGCUUCGCCUGCACGAGUUCCCUGAAAGGUACGUGAUCCUGUCCGCCGACCCGGAUACCCCAGAUCACGCCUUCUCUAUUGGACGCUUGGACGGGCAGGUCGAGCCCCUUGUCGAAAAUUUUAGUUCUGUGGCUUCUUCAAAAGUCUCUACAAUUUUUGGAGUGGUUGGAAUUAUAAGGUUGCUUGCAGGAACAUAUGUGCUUCUUAUUACUUCCCGGAAAGAAGUUGGAAGUUAUCUUGGUUUCCCUGUGUUCAAUGUGACAUCAAUGAGAGUUUUACUCUGCAACAAGGCUUUAAAGCAUUCAACUUCUCAAGAAAGAAAAGAUGAGGCUUACUUUAUGUCUCUUCUCAGAAUCAUAGAAUCAACUCCUGGCUUAUAUUAUUCAUAUGAAGCAGAUUUGACACUGAACUUGCAGAGGGCUUCCAAGUUGACUCAAGAAAGGAUACACAAAUCUCUAUGGAAACAGGCUGAUCCACGCUUUUUAUGGAAUCGUAAUUUGAUGGAGGAGCUUAUUGAGAAUAAGCUUGAUGUUUUUACCAUUCCUGUGAUACAAGGAAGCUUUAAGUCAGUACAGUUGACCUUUAAAGAUUCACCUGCCAGAGUUUUAUUGAUCUCAAGAAGGUGCAACCGUCGUCUAGGAACUAGGAUGUGGAGGAGAGGAGCAAAUUUGGAAGGUGCAGCUGCUAAUUUUAUUGAGACUGAACAAAUUCUAGAGUUCGAAGGGUUUAGGGCUUCAUUUUUACAGAUUCGGGGUUCCAUUCCACUUCUAUGGGAGCAAAUAGUAGACUUAAGCUACAAACCACAACUCAAUAUAAUUAACCAUGAUGAAACGCCGAAGGUUGUAGAGCGUCAUUUUCAUGAUCUUGUACAAAGAUAUGGGGAGACAAUAGCUGUUGACUUAACUGAUAAAGAAGGUGAAGAAGGUCAGCUUAGUGAAGCAUUUUCGGCUGCAAUACAAAAUCUUCCAUAUGUUAGAUAUGUACCUUUUGAUUUCCAUCAUGCAUGUGCCAAAGGAAAUUUUGAUAACUUACAACUUCUUUACAAUCAAAUCAAAGAUCAAGUAGAAAGCCAAGGAUAUUUUCUGAUGAAAAUUGAUGGACAAAUACUUCUGGAGCAGAAGGGAGUCAUCAGGUCUAAUUGCAUAGAUUGCCUGGAUCGCACAAAUGUUACUCAGAGUUAUCUGGCACAAAAAUCAUUGAACUUACAGCUGCAGCAACUGGGAGCAUUUUCAGCAAGUGAAUGUAUAUCUACACACACUGACAUCUAUGAAAUGUUUAGGAUCUUAUGGGCUGAACAUGGUGAUGAGAUAAGCUUGGGAUACACUGGUACACAUGCCCUAAAAGGUGAUCUAGUACGAUACGGGAGGCAGACUUUAGGUGGAAUGAUAAAGGAUGGAAUAAGUGCGCUCACUAGAUAUUAUUUGAAUAAUUUUCAUGAUGGGAUUCGACAAGAUGCAUUGGAUCUCAUUAGUGGUCAUUAUACUCUUAGCAGAAGUGGUUCCGGCCGAUUUCAGGUCAAUGGGAUUGACUCUCUACCAUAUCUUCCUGUAGCCUCAGCUCUCAUCAUGGGUGGUCUGACGAUGACAAGCUUCACACUACAUCAAGCUGUAGGACGCAGCACAAACCCUUUGGCUUCAUCGGUGUUCUGGGCCAGCUUGACUGCCGGUGUCAUGGCGCUUGUUAAGGCUAAUGGUAAGCAGUUCUGCUCCAGGCCACGCUUGUGUGGCCUCAUGUAAUAUUUAUUUUUUCUUUUGAGAUUUAUCCAAUGCUAUUUAUUUGUAACACAUGAAUUUCGAGUUCAGUUAGCCAUUUUUAAUCGCAAUCAAGGAUGAUUCCAUCAUGUAAUGUUGAUCAACACUCAGUGUUUGUUCUUUUGAGUAUGUUACUAUAAUCAACAUGCUCAAUCUGAUGACAAAA